GCAUAUAAAAGGCUUAAAGGGACUGAAAUACUAAAGGAGAGGAGAAGGUGAGAAGACAAGUGGAGCUGUCCUUGCAGAGACCAGCACCAGCCAUGGGGAGAGCUGCUCAGAAAACUCUCCUCUCUUUACUCUGUCUAGCAGCAACGGUUUGUCAGGCUCAGGACACCUGCCCAGAGGUGAGCUUAGUGGGUCUCAACAGUACCGAUAAACUCUCCAUUCUCCAAGGCUGCCCUGGAAUUCCAGGUGCCACAGGUCCCAAAGGAGACCCAGGAAAUGCAGGAAUGAGAGGAGAACGGGGACCUCCGGGGAUCCCCGGAAAGGAGGGGAAAACUGGCCCAAAAGGAGAAAGAGGUCCUGCUGGCCGCCCUGGAGUGAAAGGUGACCCGGGAGCUACAGGAGUCCCUGGAACACUUGUGGAGGAAGACCUGGAAGACAGACAGUGUAAGAAAGGAGCAAAGAACUGCAAGGAGCUGUUAGCUAGAGGGAAUCGCAUGAGCGGCUGGUACACCAUCUACCCCAGUGACUGUAAAGCCAUGACCGUGCUGUGUGACAUGGACACAGAUGGCGGAGGAUGGAUUGUGUUCCAGAGACGGGUGGAUGGCUCUGUGGAUUUUUACCGUGACUGGAAUUCAUACAAAAGAGGUUUUGGCAGCCGGCUGUCAGAAUUCUGGCUGGGGAACGACAAUAUCCACCUGCUUACAUCCCUUGGUCCCAAUGAGCUUCGUAUCGAUCUCAGAGAUUUUGACAACAACUAUGAAUUUGCUACAUUCUCAUCGUUCAAAAUUACAGGGGAGACUGAGAAAUACACGCUGAUCAUUGGACCCUUUGUGAAUGGCACUGCAGGGGAUUCAUUAACCAUGCAGAACAACAUGCCGUUUACAACCCAAGACCGAGACAAUGACCUAUAUUCAGGUAACUGUGCAACAUCCUUUAAAGGGGCCUGGUGGUACAAGGAAUGUCAUUGGUCCAACCUGAAUGGAUUAUACUUGAGAGGAGCCCAUGAAAGCUACGCUGAUGGGGUGAACUGGAAGACCGGCAAAGGGCACAAGUACUCCUACAAGGUGUCAGAAAUGAAAUUUAGGCCCGUGUAGCCAAUCAGGGAGGCAGUUAUAGUAAUUACACUUAGUUCUUAUACAGGCUUGCAUAUUUAUCAUCAUCUUGAUCAUUUAGCUGGAGAUGUGCUCAGAUGAAUUCUUUUUAUACCAUAAUGUUUUGUCUUUUACGUCUUUUUUUCUGCUCACCCAAUGAGAUGUGCAGCCAUUUAUGUAACAGAAAGUAGAAAUAUGGGCUCAAAUAAAUGGUAAAAUACA